AUGUGUGGGGACGGAGAGAGGGACCGAGAACCGAGGACGAGAGACGAGAGGGAGAGAGGCGAGAGCGCGCGGGGGCGGGCGCUGCUGGGGGGGGAGCCGUGGAGCGGGGGGGAAGGAGGGGGCGAGGAGGAAGAGGAGGAGGAGGAGGAAGGGGAGGAGAUGGAGCUCGGGGGGGAGGAGGAGGAGGCGACUAGCGGGGGAUAUUAUUACCAACCUCUGAACCAGGAUCCUGACGGUCUGAACUCCAGCGAGCAGCCGGGGGAGGAGGACGGGGAGGAGGAGGAGGAGGAGAGAGGGGAGGAGCAGGAGCAGGAGCAGGAGCAGGAGCAGGAGGAGACGCCCUCGCACGCCCAGCAGGUGCAGCAGGUGCAGCACAGGAUAGAGGUGAUGGGCCUCCACCUCCCCGAAGCUCCUCCCCCUGACAGCGACGAGGAGGAGGACCCUGAGGGGGCAGCGGCCCUGAGGAGCCGAGCCUCCAUCCCCAUGGACGCAGACCACGUGGAGCUGGUGAAGAGGACGAUGGCGGCCGUGGCGUUGCCGUCUCUCGGCGUGCCGGCGUGGGCCCAAGAGAUCUCCGAUGACCAGUGGAAGGACAUGGUCCAGCACACGCUGCAGAGCCGGCAGAGCGCCGGCGCCCUGCGCCUCGGCCGCAGGAGCAACAUCAAUGGGCCCUGAACACACCACGGCCACUUCAGGGACACUGACACAGGGUCAGGAAAGAACAGGAUGAAGGUGACUUUAUAAAUGUGAGACAGAGACACCUGAGAGUCAUUCUGUCAGACUCCACCAGUGAAUCACAAACAGCAGUUUUUCUUUACUCGCAUUAAAACUUUCAACUUUGCUGUUGAAUGUUUUUAAUUUUACUUUUGGUUUUUUUAAAAUCACAUCCACUUUUCUCAAGUCUCUUUUUUUUUUUUUUUUUUCUCUCAGACUCGCUCUUGAACCUUUAACCCACAGUUCAGCUUUAUGAUCAGAAUCCAGGGUUUGUAGUCUUUGAGGAUGGGGAACGCGUCCUCCGUGUCCUCGUGCUCUGGGUUGUUUGUGACCUGGAGUUUAUUUUAUUGGCCGAUUCCAGUAUUUUCAGACUCUAUUUCUUUAACGCCAGUAAAUAAAUAACGACUAAAGGAGAACGACGGAUUUGUGGCAGUGAGUCGGUCAAAACCUGGAAUCAGAUUUAGGGAAUUUGAAUCUUCAGAUAACCUUAAGGAUCAAAAAUUCCUCCGUUGGUUGAGAAUCGAGCCCAAAUGAUCGACAGUGGGUUUUUACUGCUGGUUGGAUAAAACAAGACAUCUGAAGAUAUCACCGUUUUUAGCUGUUGUCUGAUGUUCGACAGACCAAUUGAUUAAUUGAUUGACAUAAUAAUUGACAAUGACUUAUGAUCAUUUUCCUGCUUCUUUGGCCAAAUAAACCUUUAAAAAAAACCCCACUGGAUUAUUACGAAAAUGUGUCGUCGUGAAGACGCCGGGAUUCUUGGGACCUGGACUUUAAUGUUGAUAGAUAAAACAAUCAGUUAAUUAGGGCAGUGUCUUUUAAUUUAUAAAAUUAAUUUUCUGAUCAUUUCCUCGAUUCACUGGAAACUCACCAUCUCAGUUGCUCAGAGUCCAGGCGACGUCUUCAACACGGAUCGAGGUUUUCAUCAACGUUGUGGUCAGUUAGUUUCAUUAUGGUUCAGAAAACAAAACUCACUUAACUUUCUUGUGCCUGUUUUCGCCUUAAAUACUGUCACAUUUUCAAAAAUGUAAAAAAUGAUCCGAAUCAGCCUUAAAACCGACAGGACGUAACUCGCCUUCGUUUCCUUGAACCGCCCAAACGCUCAGAAAUGCGACGAGGGACACGGGUGUUUUCGGGCGCUGCCCAACCUGGUUUUGAAAGACCGGUACGAGUUACAUUUGCUUGACGGCCGGACAGGCGACACACAGAUGCUGCGAACAGACAGAGCGGAGCACCGCAGCCGCUGCCUGUGGUUGUUCGCUUGAGGUCAGGUUCGGAGGCCGAAGCUGCUCUGGAGGUUUCUACCACCGGUUUCCCGGAGCCAGUUCCAGACCAUCGCGUCUCUUCAUUGAGGCGUGAAGCGUUUUUAAAUCCAGGAAACGGCGAACUGAACUUAAAGCUGCUGCACACCUGUAGACCAGCAGCACAGGUGGCUCCACUUGUGCUGCCCGAGUAGAGCUGCGGGAAACAGAUCCGUUAUCAGGAGAAAGCGACGGUGAUCUGAACGGAUGAGCUCGAGAAAAGCGUCCGGAAAAGAAAAAAGCAACGAGCGCUGCAAAGAUGGAAACGUCAGUUGAACGACCGAAAAGAAAGAGAGAGAAAGUCUCUGGUUUUUCUUCUCGGUUGUGAAGCGGUAAACUACGUUUUGAGUUUCCAGACUUUCUGGACAAAGUGUCAUUUCUCACUGUUUUCUGUUUGAACCAAACCAGAUUAUUAAUCGAUUAAUCGAGAAAACAAAUCUGCAGAUGAAGCCGACGAUGAAAACAAUCAGUCGCAGCUCCGAUCUUCGUAGAAGCGAAGGAAAGUUUGAAAGGCGAUUUACUGACGUCCGGUUCUGUUUUCAGUGUGAAAUGUUGAACAUUUGGGAUAAAAUCACAUUCCACCCGAAAGCCUU